CACACACACACACACACACACACAAAACCCCCCACUGGUAUUGGUAUUAGUGGCUUCUUCCUCUGUCCUUGGUGCUGAACACUGAUUUCGUGAUGCAGUGACAUUUUACCCAAUAUUUCGGGGUAUCUACAUCGUACUGCCUAAUGUCUUUAUCAGUCUAUAAUAAACAGUACCGUACUAUGAUUUGGUUUUAAACUGUCAUCAUACCAUAUUUUUUAGAACUUCAAAAGGUCAAUAUAACUGGCUUACUCUGGGGGAUUGUUAGACGUGUUGGGGUGUGUUCGUUAUCUGUGUUGUGUUCAGUGCCAUGUAGUAAACCACACAGAGGGAAAUCAUUGAAUAAAUUAACGCUUAGGUGAGAGCACUGCCCCCUGAUAAUUGAAUUGAAGGUUUACAACGCUAUAAAACUUUCAACCUCUGUAGCACCAGUGUCAUUUGCAAAACAAGUUAACGUACGUCUUCACGUUAGACGUCUCCACAGUUACAGUAUGACUUUAUUCAUGUCUGUUGCAGGGCAAGUUGCUGUAAUACACCACCACAAACUAUAGAAAUUUUUAGACAUUAGAAAAAAGUAGAUGGUAUUAGUUAAAUUGGAGAGAUUUAAAUGUAUUUAAAUUAGAUACAAAUCCAAAACAAUAGUACGUAACCUUUACAAACGUCCAGUCCAUGGAAACACUAUAGAAUUCCAUUGCUUUGUUCAGGAGUCUGUUUUAGUCUUUAAAACAUUUUUGUCCAUUCUCUGCUGCUUCAAACAUGGAUGGUGUUCUGCUUUUUUUUAUUUUGAUUUGCCACAAUUUGAUUUGGUCUUAUCUUGAUCACGUAUGUUACUGAACAUAUGAUACAUUUGUCUCUUUGAAUACUGUACAGUCCACUGUUGUAAUUAUCCUCCCAGUCUCCUGGUGACGCUCUUUUAUAAUGUCUGACUCGUGGAUGCUAUGCCGUGUCUCGCCCUAUCUGUGUCAGUGGAACUGGAGAAUUGGGUUGGAGCCGAGGGCUGUGUGUGCCUGUGUGUGCUUGCGUGGGUGUGCAAUGGGGGAGGGAGGGGGUGAGUGCGAGAGAGAGAGAGAGAGAGAGAGAGAGAGAGCGAGAGCGAGCAGUGGUGAAAUGGGAAUAAGAGAGGAAUCCAAGCUGACAGCUUUCCUAAUAGAGCAUGAUUAACUCAGCCGGAGAAGCAGGGAAUCGUUGUAUUACAGCGUAAUUUUCAGUUCCAUUUUUGGAUGUAUAUGCUUAGGAUUUGGCUAUGAUGUCGACAGUGCAUUUGUUUCUGAAAGCAUGUUCAAUUAUGGAGCACUCGAAUAACUUCAAACGGUGGCUGCGUUUUCUCGUGUUUAGCCUCCUUUUUGGCGUUUCGUUUGGAGAAGUCCGUUAUGUGCUUCCAGAGGAGAUGCAGCGGCGCUCGGUUAUCGGGAACGUUGCGCGGGAUCUCGGACUGAGAGUGGCGGAGCUCGGUGCUCGUCGAGCCCGGGUUGUUGCAGAGGGAACCGGCCAACUGUGUGAACUGGACACUGCGUCAGGCAAUCUUUUGAUCAGCCAGCGGAUAGACCGUGAGGAGCUCUGCGCACAGGCAGCUGUCUGCAUCGUACAGUAUCAGCUCCUCCUGGAAGAUCCCCUUCAAGCAUUCAGCCUAGUUUUGGAUGUUGCAGAUAUAAAUGACAACAGCCCCGUUUUUGUUGCGGGAGAGAUACAUUUAGAUUUAGUCGAAUCCACAGUUCUAGGGAGGCGCUUUCCGUUGGAGAGCGCGCAUGACCCCGAUCUGGGCACCAACUCUGUGCGUGAAUACAAACUGAGCCCGAAUGAUCAUUUUGCACUGGAAAUGAGUAGGCAACUAAACGGCAAUGCCUAUCCUGAACUGGUUCUCAAAAAAGCUUUGGACCGGGAGGCACAAGCUGAACAUUUCCUGAAAAUAAAUGGAAUCGACGGGGGUAAUCCACCCCGAUCGGGAACUGCUUCCAUCCACAUCCGUGUUUUAGACGCCAAUGACAAUAUCCCGGUUUUCAACCAACGAGUUUACAAAGCCUCUGUGCCAGAGAACGCGCCCUUUGGGACCGUCAUAUUAACACUGAAUGCCACGGACUUGGAUGAAGGUGUUUAUGGAGAGAUAACGUACUCCUUCAGUCACCUGUCGGACAAGAUGGCGGGAGUGAUUGAGAUGAACCCUCUGACUGGAGAAGUACGGGUGUCGGGUCGUAUCGAUUACGAAGAGGCUAGCACGCACGAGUUGGACGUGCAGGCUAAAGAUGGCGGCGGUCAGGCCUCUCACUGCAAACUUAUAAUUGAUGUCAUUGACGUAAACGACAAUGAACCCGUGAUAGAAAUAAAGUCGGCCUCUGCUAACUUGGCUGAAGACUCUAAAUCAGGAACAAUGGUCGCUCUGAUUAAUAUCUAUGACCUGGACACCGGAAGCAGCGGGCGUGUCACGUGUACGAUCUCCAACAAUGCUCCAUUUAAAUUUGUUUCGGAGGUGAAAAACUAUUACAUGUUGGUGAGUGACGGAAAACUAGACAGAGAACUUCAGCCGGAGUAUAACAUCACAAUCACUGCCACUGACACGGGCUCUCCUCCGCUCUCCAGUGUUAAAGUUCUCACCAUCGUGGUCAAUGAUAUAAAUGACAACCCCCCGACUUUUACGCAGAGCGACUACGAUGCCAACAUUUUGGAAAACCAACCCAUCGGCACGUUUGUGAUGCGAGUGAAAGCAGAGGACACUGACGACGGACCUAAUGCUAAAGUGCUGUACCAGAUAUCCAACUCAGAAGUGUCCUCUUUUCUUACCAUCAACUCUGACACAGGGGAGCUCUUCACAUCGCACCCUUUUGAUCACGAACAGUCAGUUCACUUCCAAAUCAAGGUGAUAGCUCGAGACGGAGGCGACCCCCCGCUCUCCACUACCUGCACUAUAAACGUUUUCAUCAAGGACCAAAAUGACAAUACACCUGUUGUCCUCUACCCGGUCCAAACCACCGGGUUCAUCGCUGAAGAUGUGGUGCCAAUGGAGGCGCCCAGGGGCUACCUGGUUACCAAAGUGGUGGCUGUGGACGCCGACUCUGGCCACAACGCGUGGCUUUCCUACAGAAUAAUCAAAGCAACGCAGCCUAACCUGUUCGUGGUUGGUCUGCACACCGGGGAAAUCAGAACAGUGCGAGCAUUCAUGGAGGACGAUGAGUCGAAACAAUCUGUUGUCGUUCUGGUAACGGAUAACGGACCGGAAUCUCUCUCCGCCACUGCUUCAGUCAGCAUAGUGAUCGGUGACGGCCUGCCCGUUUUAAACGAACUCUUUGAGUUCGCCGAUGAAUCACAGAACAGCGGUAACUUAACGCUCUAUUUGGUCAUAGCUCUGUCAACCGUGUCCUUCCUGUUCCUCCUGUUGAUCAGCGGCGUGUUUUAUUUUAAGCUCUGCCGUCGCAGUUAUGUUUGCCGGUCCACCACCGCCAGUCUACCCGUCUUCCCCACCACCUACUGCCCCCCGAGCUUUACAGAUUUAAGUCGCUGCGGGACCCUGCUGAAAGACGACCGGUACGAUUCCUUCUUGACCACUGGGUCGUGGAGAGGCGAUUUCCGCUUUGCCUCGAGCACAGACACUGACACGCUGAAAAAAAGGAGUGCAGCCUAUCAGAAAAGCACCCUGAGGCGCACUAGUGCAGACAGAGCUACUCUGAAGGUGAGGGCAGGUGUCCCGCAUCCGUUCUACGUGGUCCAGUGAGAGUCGGUCGAGACAUACAGUAAAUAUCUGGUCAAAUCUGUGCAAUGGAUUUCGUUCGGAACGUCUGACUCUCAGUUAUUAUAAAUUCAUAAUUUUUUCAACUUUGUAUAACUGCUAGAAACAAUCAUACUGUUGUCAUGUUAACACUGACAUAUGUUGAUGAAUACGUUGUAAGUGCAUCACAAUGUUUUGGAAUAGUCUUUGAUAUUUUCAUGUACCCCCUUGUUCUCUUAUUUUGUCCUGAGUGAUAGUCUCUCUUUCUCUCUGUCGUACUCUCUCUUCUUCUAAACUGCUUGCUCACCAUAUUAAGUUUUCUCUUAUUUAUUAUCUAUAAAUAUGCAUUGUUUCCGGAACAAGUUGACUAAACAGCUGGUUAUAGAAAGUUCAUGAACAGAAUUAGCAUGAUUAGUAUCCAUUUUCCUCAUAAAAGCUCAAUUAUAAUUAUUGAAUUGUCAGUUAUGAAGGAGAAUAUCACCCAUUAAACAAUUGCAUAUGGCUGAUAUAUCUCAUAUUCUGCAUUUGAAAUGCAUGGUUGACCUCCUCCGACAAUAUUUAUCCCCUUGUCUUCCAAAAGUGAUAUAGUUGAGGGAAAUAUUCCUGGCUGUUGUUUUGCUUUGUCUGUGGUAAACUUGUUUUUCCCUAUUUA